AUGAUACUUAGAAUAUUAUUCUUUUCUAUUUUACUGUCAAGGCAAGCAUUAGCCCAUUCUUGCCUUCAGCCAUUCGUUCCUGAGAAUGGCCAUGUGAUAUUCAAUGAGCCUGGGCCAUAUACACCUAAAACUGUAGCAAAAUAUAGUUGUGCUCUUGGUUUUGAACGUGUUGGGCCAGAAGAACGAGUCUGUAAAUCCGAUGGAACUUGGAGUAAUGAAGCUCCAAUAUGCGCGGUUGAUGUUGCUGCAAAUAAGCCUACGACACAGUCAACUGGAACUACCUCUGAUGUUGUUUUCAAAGGACUAUGUACAAAUACAGAAAAUGAAAAAAGUUCUUGGUGGGAUGUUGAUCUGUUGGGAUCAUAUUCAGUUCACGCGAUUUCCAUUCGAUUAGGUAAACAAUCAUCUGUCGUUUCCACAAUAGAACUGACUUUGAACAACGGAGACAUUAAGCUUUGUGAUAUAUCAACGAUCGACCUAUCUGCGGGAAACUCAUCAGCAACAAUAAUUUCUUGUAAACAAAAAAAUGUCAGCAGGAUACGUGUAACUACAAGACAACAACUUCACUUAUGUGAUUUUCAUGUCUACGCAACUGAUGCAGUGUCAUCAUGGCAAUGUGCUCAAGGUUCUAUGGAUGUUGUUGGCAUUUUCGACUCAAUGUGCUUUGCUGCCUCAAGAGAUGAACAGACAGAUUGGCUGGGGGCGCAAAGGAGUUGUCUUGAUAGAGGAGCCUCGUUACCGUUAAGAAUAUCUGAAUCGGCCAAACGAGGCUUAUACUCCGCACUGUCUGCAACUCCUAACCAAAAAGCUUUUUACUGGAUCGGUGUCACUUCUUCAACUACACAGUGGAGAUGGGCUGAUGGUGCAGAAGUUUUAUUAGGAUCAGAUUGGCCAGGAAAAACAGCCCCCUUCCCUGGACAAUCAGAAGCCAUUCUAUUAGCAAGAGCUCUGGGAUGGAAGUGGGUUGCAGCUGCCCAAACAGCUUAUAAUGCUUUUUUAUGUCAAAGCAAACCAAAGUUCUGUACAUCUCCGGGCGUAGGUGAGGCUUCACGUGUAGUUUUCUCAAGCCAUAGUUACGCAAUCGGAACAUACUGCUAUUAUUCUUGUGACGAAGGAUAUGAGUUACGAGGAAAGAAUCAAAGAGAGUGUCUAGAGAGUGGUAGAUGGAGUGGCGAAAUACCUCACUGCUAUCGAAAAGAAUGUGGAGAUUUGGAUGACUGGGAGAAGGGCGAAAUAAUUCUCUUGAACGGCUCAACUACAUAUGAAAGUGAAAUUGAAUAUCGGUGCUCAACGGGGUAUGUUCUUCAUGGAGCAACACGACGUCAGUGUCAAAGUGAUGGGUCAUGGAGUGGAGUGGAGCCAGAAUGCUGGGAAGUUGACUGCGGGAAGCCGUCUUCUAUUCCGAAUGGCAAUGCUCAUUAUAUAAAAACAACAUACCAAUCACAAGUAAACUUCACCUGUAUGGAAGGAUUCCGUCUCAUUGGUCAUGACAUCUUGCAUUGCUCUGAAAAAGCAGCUUGGGAGCCAAAUUUUCCUGUUUGUUACGAUCUUAUAACUCUUCGUCAAAUGAAAGGGGAUGGCUCUGAUAGUAAUUUGGUUCUAGCAUUCGUAGCUGUUCUUCUAGUUGCAUUUUUGGUUGUGGCAGUUUUCCGUUUUUCACGGCCAACUGUAGUGCAACCGAGUUUAGAUAAAAUGAACCCUGUUAUAUAUGCUACUCCAACAGCCGUGCCUAACCCUGUCCGAGGAGAUUCAGUGAUCUACUAUGCUUCAUGUGCUGCCAUGACUCAAAUGGAAAUUCCUCCACAUAUGCUAUCUCUACAACAUUUACCUAAUGGAAAUAUACAUGUAACUAUGCCUAUUGUUGCCGGUCGCCCUAUUACAAGGCCUCAAAUUCCAAACUUUAACGCUCAAUCACCAACUCCUUCUCAGUUACUUUAUUCAUUUGACCAUGAGCCUAUUUAUGAUUUUCCUCCUGAAUUGGGAAACGAAACGUUACGUCGAAUAGAAAAUGUGUAUGAACGGCUGCCUGAAGUACCUCUGCCACCACCUCCCCCACCACCCAAAAAUCCACCACCAUCUGAUUAA